CUCUCGAAGCCGCGAAGAAAAUGUGGUCGGAUAUAGAUUUAUCCGCUUCCGGUAACUAGGGAUCCACUAAGCUUAAAUGAGUUAGUUAAUCUUUUGUUGAUUCAACCCGCGCAAAUACAAUUAAGCUUGAGUGAGGCCUUUGGUUGUGACAUCUGGUCCUGUUGUGCUUCUCAAGCGCGACUAGAGUAAUAUCUCACGACACGUUCUCGGUGACGGGCCAUGAUAUAAUAGAGAACCAUAUGGCUCCACCGCCAGCCGUGUAUUUUCCGUCCCUGGACGAAUGCUUCUCUGGGGACUUCCAACUUAUAUCAUGGAAAUCGGCUUUUCUACGGUUGGCGAAUGCAAAGACAGAUGUCGGGGAAGCUGACAGUCUCUACAAAUUUUUGUCUUGCCCGGAGAGCAUCCGAAUUCUUUCUAAUCCCUUGAACCCGUUUACUCCUCCGAAUGAAAAAUCUAAGUCCGAUUUUCAGUCCAAAACUGCUGCCAUUCAUGUGCCAACAGGUAUUAAGGGUCCUUGGAAUUUAGACGAAAUAAAAAGUGACGCGACGUGGUUAAGCAAGCGGACACAGAUCAAUGAGAUUUCUGCACUCAGAAUUGUUGUGUACGAACGCCAAAAUCGACCCGGUGACCAGCUUCUGAGCGAAUUUUCCGAGGAGGAGACGACAAGCCUUCAAGGUGCGAUUGGACUUGGCAACCUUUCGCAGUCUACUAAGGGAGCCCAGGCUACUGAAAUUCUAAAAUACAAGGGGGAAACAAACCUCCAGCCAAAUGGGUUUUCAGAAGAGGAAUUAAGGCAUUUGAAGUUAUUCCAGCUAUAUUUGUCGGAAAAACAGCAUAUACUCAAAACUUCUCUGCGACUUUUAUGUGUGGCUUUGCGUAAAAGAGCACCUGGUAGCCAUUACGUGGAUUCCCGAAAACCACGAGUUGAACGUGCUCAGACGAAACUAGAAGAACUAGGAAAAUCCAUAUUUGGGCUUCAAUCCGGGAAAGGCACUGAUGCCGUUUCUAUAAAACAGUGCAUUGAGGCUGUUCGAACCCGAAUUGGUAAUUUAGAAGCUGGGAGUGGGUGGCUUCUUCCUGACGAACCCAAUGUGGAAAUCGAGCUGGCCUGGCAAACGAACGUUCUUGAGGAGCUUAACCAAAUCCUUCAAUUCCUUGUGCUUCAACUUCAAUCCUCGAAUGCCAUCCCAUCCGCGGAGCUCUUCCUUUCUUGGCUACGUUUAAUGGCCGAAUAUGAUUUCCUUGAAAUCCUACUCCCGGCUAUGGAAGAACAGAAUAUCAUACUUGGUCCUCUUCAGGCUCUCAUUGCGGUUGCUACUCUAUCUUUUGUCAAGCUACGAGAAUCUACCUCAUAUUUUGAAACGGUGCCGCACUUGUCUACAAUCCCAGAACCCUCAACUGGUAAAGCCCCUUUUUUCAUGUCUCGCGAUAAUAUCGCCGAAAUAAACGAAAUAUGUUUGAAGGCAGCCAAUGUGGGCUGUUUAACUGCCGCCCCUAUGAUUUUUGCAUUCGCCAUUGUUAUGUUUGCAGUAAGGGAGAUUGCGCUCUCCACGAAAGAGGAGCGUGAACUUCAGCAAGCCCAGCAUGCUGUUGACUCUUUCAACAACAACAACGCCCCGUCCUCUUCUCCAUCGCGAGUUGCUGAGCAGUCCAUUUUUGAAGAUAUUUUUGAGAAGGCUCGUAACCCAGCUUUUGAUGACGACUUUGUGAGGCUUCUUGUGACUAGCUCCGUCGAUAAAUGUCAUGUAUUUGACUUUAUUGUUGCUCUAGUCGAAAGCCUUAGGCCAAUUUCGGGUGCUGGUGACAGUGGCAUGCUAAGCCGUUGGAUAAGGGUAGAACUCUUGGAUUUGAUCCGUGCGAGUGUUGAGCAUUUGGAUUAUAUCCCUGAAGUGGUGUCGUCUGUCCUGUGUAUUAUCUCUGGCCCUACCGAUGUUUGCAAUGAACUUGCCAGUCCAGAGCUGAAUGAUGGUUGCGAUCCGAGAUCUAUGUUUAUUCAAGAUCCGGUGCUCAUUGAUAGAAUUUUUCGAGUUGCCAAAUCCCGAUUUCCGUACGAAGCUAUUAAUUUUUUGAAAAUAUGCCGGGCCCUGUCAGGCUCUAGCGUCGUUAAUGAUGAUGGCCUACCAUACAUUGCCCAGGAACUGGAGAGCAUGGAAACCUACACACAAAUUGUCGCUCCUGGCUUCCAAGGAUACCAACCCAUCCGAGAAGAUGAAAAUGCCAAUUUCGUUGGCCUAAUCCAGCCAUUGCCUAUGCAAGAAACUGCCAUGUCGAAAAGCACAGUCGGAUAUGAAUCGAGUUCUAAUGCGGUAGUUCUUGCUGAGUCCUGUGUUAUCCCCCAAGAUGCCGUCGGCCAGGUUGUCAACGACUCAAAACCGGCCGUAAUAAUGUGGCAUCAUGACUAUAACUGCCUUGGCUUCCUCGGGUUAUGGCUAGAGCAAGCUACUAAUAGUCGCAGAUCAGAGCAAGAACCAGAAGAUGAGGUGGUCGCCGAAAUCAUAGGCCUCUUCGCUGAUCUAAUCACAUCCGCACAAACUAUUUCGAAACGCAAUGGCACUGAGUCAGGUGCUAAAAGAAUUCUCGAGAUGGCUAGCGACGGGCUCGAUCGCCAUGGUGAUAUCAUUUCCGUUGUUUUCGAGAUUUUCGAACGGAAUCUGCAAAACACUAUUAGCAAGAGAGGUUCGAGCCGCAAUCUUCAACCGGUUAUCUCUUGCCUUCGCUUUAUAAACGCUCUUAUACCAGUUAUUCCCGGCCGCGUAUGGCCUUUCCUGUCCAGGAGCAGCUUUAUUUGCUCAGAUGGGAAAGGUGGUAUGCUAGUCACUAUUGUCUCGUCCAUCGAGGCUACCUCUGGGGAUUUCAGUUUCCUUCAGGCUUCGGUUCAAAUGUUUGACCUCCUGGUUAAUGAUGUCAUCGUUCAUUCUGGAGUUCGUCGCUCUGCAGGGCGAGUAUCUGCUAAGUCCAACCAUCUCACCGAGUUCAGUGCAGGUAUCCCGCCCUAUAUCAUGCGCAACUUUUUAUUGGCCUUGGUGCGCGUGAUGGUUGAGGCGUACAAUAGCAACACGACUUGGAGAUUCAAUGACAUCUGCCAACAACUUGAAAUUAAUACAUGUCUUGCCCUCACUAUUGAAAAAAUCCUAUACAGCAUGUAUGCGACUGACGACACAUCCGACCUGGAUUCUAAGUUGGUGGGAGUAUUCUCAAGCUCAGCAACAUAUAUAUUGAAAGUACUUCGACCGACAACAAUCGAAGAGCUGCCUUUUAAUCCACUCCUCCGCACUAUUCUCAUCAGUCUUCAAACUUCCAGCUCGAGCAGUGACCUUCGAAACCUCCAACUCCAUACCCAACACAUCCAGUCUGCAUUAGCACUUUCGGAACGGUUGGCGCAAGCAGGAAGAUUAGUCGGAUCUCCAAUGUCGAUGCUUGAAACCCAAUUAUUCAAAGCGUCACCUGUGCUGAUUCGACUAUACGCUCUAUCCUAUGAUUAUCAACUCCCUGUUGUUUCUCUCCUUGAACUCCUGAUAUCGUAUGCAGCUUCAGAUUCGAAUCACGAGCCACCCUCUGUUCUUGGCCACCUAGGAGCCAAAUCAUCCCGCUACUUUCUCGACUGCCUUUCGAAAUUCGAUCGCCCUUUCAAAAACCCUGCACUUUAUGCUUCAAUAUGGGAUCUACUUUCCACGAUAAUUAGCAAACGCCAACAAUGGCUUGCAGUUUUUUUUCUCACAGGCUCAUCUGCGAGAGAUUCCUUAAAAAAGAACGACAAAGAUAAAUCUUCGACUAUGACUGGACAACCGUUUUUGGGGAUUUCCCUCGAUUUAUUAACGAAAAUCGACUCAAUUCAGCCUCAAAUAGCGAUAUCUGCCCUAGAUUUUGUUGCAAGAGCGCAGGAACACUGGCUUUGGGCUACACCUCAGAUUAAAAAUCAUUCGGAAUUCGUCCCGAAAAUCGUGAAUUUCGUUGCUAACUUGGAUCUUCGCAAAUGCCCUCCUCUAGAGCAAUGCCUCAAUACGAAAAUCGCAUCAUUAGUUGCAGAUAUAUGCGCUGUCUACUUGCACAGUGCGAAAGAAUCACGGGAUCUAACAUUUUUCAAAACCAUUAUCCCUCUGAUCUCCUGGUUUUCUGACAACGCAGUAAAGGUGGACGGCUAUAAUGCAUCCCUGCACUCAAAUCUCAGAAAGAACUUUGAAAUGAAGUACCAUGGAUGCAAAGCCGUGGCCAUGAAGCGCACUGGGCUCACACGCCCAGAGCUUGGCGAAAACUUUUUUUUCGACGUGAAGUUGGGAAGUAAGAUCUUCGGGUAUGAUUUUGCCUGGAACGGGUCCCGUGAUCAAGGCUUUGUGGAGGAGGUCAAACGAGCCAAUCUAAACCUGUCACUUGUUGAAGCUCAAAUGACUCUUCUUCAAAGUUGGAAAUUUCUUGCCAUAGAACACUGCGCAAAUUUCAUGCCGGAUCGAGAAAUCCAAAAGUCGAUGGCACGGGUUGUCCGCCACUGCCUCGUUUCAAAUUCGCAGACCAUACCGGAUGAAAAGAUCUUUUACAAAGUUCAGCAAAUCCGCGCGGAAUUUGCCCUCGCUCUCCUUCAACGACUUAACGACGCUAAGGCCAGGGGGGCGGAAGUUUUUGAGUUGCUGAAUGUUGCAUGGGAUGUUACGCGCUUUCGAAAUCCAUCAUACGAAACUGCCCUUCUCAACAAUGAUACGGAAUACUAUGGGCUUUUGUUAAACAUCCUAUUCCUCGCCCUACAGUUCCAUGUUGCAGGGCCCUCUCGAUCUGCGCCAGAAGCAGUCAGCAAAAAGCCCGAAAUGUCGUCGGAUUUGUCAAUUGUUUUAGAAAUUAUCAAGGUGGUAGUCGCACAGGGCUUUCGAUCACUUACGACGUACUUACAUGACGAACCGCAAAAGUGCUCUCCUAGAGAUUUUGCUAUAUUAACAGCAAUAUUACAAACAUGUCUACGAGUGAAGGACGCGGACCGCAUUUACGAACAGGCGUCCUUCCACCUUGCUGAUAGCGACACACCCCGCUACGCAGCCACAUUAUUUUCUUGGGCCUAUCAACUUACAGUUGAAGGAGAUCCAGUAUAUGGGGAGCUCAGUAUCCUAUUCCUCCUGGAACUUUCCUGCAUCCCCAUGAUGGCAGAGCAGAUGGCCGCUGAUGGUAUUUUGGUGAAAUUGUCGACUUUCCGCCUCACUGAUGUCCUGCGCCAACCGCACGGAUGUGGCCCAUUCGAUCCAAUACCCAGGCUAUAUGCUAUUUGGAAUUCAGGCUUUCUUCCUCUCUGCCUCAACCUACUCUACAGCGUUGGUCGAGCUGCUCCGGAAGUGGCGGCCUUCCUCAACCAGUUCGAGGGGCAGCUACGUCGAGCGUCUGCUUCAUUCUCCUUCGGACAACCCGCCACAACCUCGCCACUUGCUGGUAAUCAGCUAGAAUCAAGCCAACGGGUAAAAAGACUGUCGCUCGGUAUGACUACUGAAGCUUGCUCAUUAGCUCUCAUAUCCCUCAUUAUCAACAAAUUCCGGGAUGCUGGCGCAGGUACCGGCGUGGAUUCCGGAAAUAUCCAGGAACUGAAAUGGGAUAGAGCACAAGUGAAAGAUGAUAUCGAAUCACUUCUUGAGAAACGAUCAGUCCUCCGCUCUCGGAUUGUUGCCACAAAUGAAAAGGAACUUGCAAUGUCCCGGCGAGAACCCAUCGACCGCACUACCGGCUGCCAGAGCCAGUUGGAAGAGAAAAUCGUGAAAGAGCUCCAAACGACAGUAAUGUGUCUGUCUGAUGGUGAGGCAUCUUAACGUAUUCUUGUUCUAAUUGCAUACUUUGCAGCAAUGUUUUAUUUUAUUUUAUAUACUUCUUUCUCUUUUUUCCCAAAGCGAUUGCGGCGUCAGGAAUAAUAGUUUGAGCUCUUGUCUUUGUCCUCAAUAAACUUUGUAUGUAGAGUACUUUGUACCAUGGUUAGUCCUUUCAAACCCAUUGGCGCGCACAUUUUCAUAUUACUAUAGAUAUAGUCGUCCUUUUUUUUUUCUCUCAGUUAAGGACCCUUUGAUCUCCCUGAGAAAUAAUCUACACGCUCACAAAGAUUCUCCACAAAUAUGCCUCCGCGCUUGCGGGCUAGUCUAUGGCCCUGUGGAUUCCAAGCCUUGAGGCCGGGGCCCGGGGUUACCUAAAAUGGGGAAUGGAAUGGCUCAGCAAUUGAUUUGCUGUGGAUAAAUCAAACCUAUAGUAUUUACAGACCUCUGAACGGGAAACCCCUUGGAGCUGUAAGAGACACUAGCCAUUCAGGAGAUUGAUGAAAUCCUUAUUUCCUUCAGGUUUGUACAUACAUACAAUUGUCAUGUUUGUUACUAGAUUGGAAUUAUUGUGGCGGAUGUAUUGCUUGCAAAAGCAGAAUUUUCCCAGCCCCCCUGAAAAUUAGUAGCAAAACACUACAAAAAAAUCAAAAUAUUCAUGUUUUGUAAGAA